CUCCUUUCUCCCAUUUCAUGAAAAAAGAGAGUCGCAUUUCUCCUCCCUGAACGGUGCAAUGGUCUCACUGCUGCACCCGCAGGAAACCGUGCUAUAAAGGUUAAAUAUUCUUCCUAUCUCUCUCUGCUACUACUAUGGACCUUCUCCUUCCCAUUUCAGUGCGACUCUCUGCAUUUUCACGCGGUUCCCUAUGCGCUCUUUCUCCGACGAAUUCUUUCAAUUCUCGCUCUUUUCCACAUCAGAGAAUUAGAAUCAAAGUGAAAUGCAGCCCCGAGCCUAUGCGAGCGGAAACCAACUCGAAUUUCAUCAGCAGAGACAGUCAAAAAUGCGAAGGGAAUCGUGAAAAUGAUAUGCAGGGAGAAGGGUUAAAAAAUGUGUGGGAAGAGACUGAGUUUGUGGAGGUAUUUGGAAUUGGCAGCAGGAAAGACGCUCUACUUGACUUCUGCUUGGCUUCACCUUGUCUUUCCUCGGCUUUAAGAUUUUGGAAUAUUCUCAUGAAAGACUCAGAAAAGGUGCUAUUACAAGAGAAAUUGCCUACAGAAGAUGUUUCUUCAAGAAUUAUGGAAGUUCCAUCAGCGAUAAAUUCAUGUCCCAAAGCAGUUAUACUUGUGGCUAGUGCAGCUUAUGGCACUGAUCAUGUCCCAGCACUUGAUAUUAUAAGAAGAUUAAAGUCCAGAAAUGGACUAGUGAUUGGCAUCAUUUUGAAGCCUUUCAGCUUUGAAGGACGAAGACGUUAUAAUGAGGUCACGGAUUUGAUUGACAAACUUCAAAGGCAUGCAACUGUCUGUAUAGUUAUUGACACUGAUGGUCUCCUCAAGAAAGAUCUAUUAACUCUGGAUGAGGCUUUGAAGACUUCAUAUAAUGCUGUGCUGAUGGCUGUUAAUGCCAUUCCAAUUCUUGUGUCUGACGACCACAUAAAGCUUCUAGAUGUGAUAGAUGGCGGUACCAAAGAACUGAGUGGUCCAGAGCUAAUAAAAAUUCUUGAAAGCUACAAAGAGGCAAAGACUGGAUUUGGAACUGGCUACAAUAUCGAAACUUCGAUUCUGCGAGCUGUGUAUGACUGCCCCUUCCUUGGUCUGGGAGUAAAGGGCUCAAAUGGUGUGAUUAUAUGCAUUAUUGCAAGUUCAGGUGUUGUAAACUCCAGCAAUGUGCAUAGCAUCUUGCACACGUUUCGUCAAACUACUGGAUGUAACGGAGACAUUGUGAUUUCCAUUGUCCAGGAACCCAAUAUGGAGCCAAAUUUAAUAGUAACUACUUUAGUUACAUGUGGGUACGCUGAACAGGAAUCUUCCAAAAAAAGUAACUUAUUCUCUAGACUGGCACAACAUAUUCCUUUCAUUUUUAAUAUCCUUAAGAAGCCAGAUCCACCACCUCAAACUACCAAAGAAAGAGAAAUUGAUGAGAGUCCAGAAAUUUCUGAUACGGCAGAAUUUGUUUCUGUGGAUAAUGCGCGUAAGGAUGAGUCAGUUUAUUUUGGGGAACUGCUGGCAUUAUUUCGCACUGAUAGUGAAGGAACAUCUUCUUUGAGAGAUUAUGAUAAUGUUUCUGAUGAAAGGAAGAUUGAACUGUCAAACUUUGACCCUUGUUCAUCCACGGAUGAUGUUGGUACUGAAGAACCUCUUGUUUUUAAAAGAGAGCUGCUCACCAGAUGGAAUCUGAGGCCAGGAAAUGACACUUCAGAAGGCUUAGCUACAGAAGGGACCGAGAAUAUAGAAGCCAAUGACAUGGUUGACAAUACCAGCACCUACAAACUUCCGGUUGGCGUAAAGCAGAAAGAACAGUUGCAAACUAGUCCAGGUUCCUCAAACUCAAGAAAUUAUACAGGGAGGAAAUCUGAAGAAAGCAAAAUAGCUCAGUCUAGAGAUGUUUCAAGUUUAUCUCAGGAUGCAAUGGAUGAAGAAUACAGCAAAAUUAUGGCAGAUGUUUACAACUCUAACCCUUCCUUGACUGAAAGAAACUAUGCGAGUGUUCCAAAAAAGAAAGGAGUUCUCUCUUCUCGGGCGGCCUCUAUGCUGGAAGCCGAACGAGAUUCAAAAAAGAAGUGGAUUCCCGUAGUCGAAAUGAAAUACAGGGGAGGUAUAUACAGAGGUCGGAUUGAAGGAGGACUUCCCGAAGGAAAGGGCUGCUUGUCUCUUGGAGAUGGAAGCAAAUACGAUGGUAUGUGGCGCUACGGAAAGAAGUCAGGGUUGGGUACAUUUUACUUCAAUAAUGGUGAUAUUUAUCGGGGGUCAUGGAGAGAUGAUCUCAUGCACGGAAAGGGGUGGUUUUACUUUCAUACUGGGGAUCGAUGGUUUGUGAACUUUUGGAAGGGAAAGGCUAAUGGAGAAGGACGUUUCUAUUCAAAGCUUGGUGAUGUUUUCUUUGGCCACUUUAAAGAUGGAUGGCGCCAUGGCCGUUUUCUUUGUAUCAACAUUGACGGGACGAGGAAUACUGAAGUAUGGGAUGAAGGCCUUCUACAAAGCCGAAAGAAUUUGGAUUCUGACACUGGAACAGGAUAGAGUCUGUCUGGCAUAAUUUUAAAAAUAUGCUAUCCUUCAGUCAUUCUGGUGCGUUCGCAAGAAACAAAUGCAGAAGAAUAUCAACCGAGGGCUGGUGUCUGUAAGAAGAGUUGUCUUCAACCAGCUCCACUGCUCAUAGCGCCUAUCACUACUGUUGUAUGAACACUCUUUAAGCAUUUGUUUGUUCUUUGUCUGUACUAGUGGAAUCGAAAUUGAAUCUCCAAUUGUACACAGAUCUUGUAUAUUCUGUAAAUAUAGAAUUUUAAGUUUUUCUUUUUCUUUUGAAGGGCAUUGCCUCUUGUAGCUUUUCUUGCGGAGCCUUGUAUAUUUUGGACUUAAUAGCUUGUCAACCAUGUAUUAUGAGCUUGAUUUGA